AUGGGAACUCUUCACGAGACAAAUCCCUGCCAUCACUCCCUUGGCACCAUCUUCGCGUCAAUUCCCGACGAGGUUUCCCACGAAGCGCUACUGCGUCUCCCGCGCCACCUGCACGGCGCGCUCAAGACCGUCUCCAAGUCCUGGAGCUCCGCCGUGUCCAGCGGAGCGUUCUUCCAGGCGCGAGAGGCGGCGGGUGUGGUCGAGGAAUGGCUCUUCGUGCUCCCAGAGGACCCCGACCAGGGCGCGUUCCGCGCCUUCGACCCAAACUCGCACUCAUGGCACGCCGUGCCGCCCAUUCCCGGCCGUUCCAAGAACGAGGGGCUUUCGGAAUUUGCGACGGUGGCGGCGGGUGGGAAGAUGUACGUCCUUGGCGGCUGCGAGCGCGUGACGUCAUCAUCGCCUUCGGGGUUGAGCGGUGCAGGAGUCGCGACGGCGCGGGUGCGCGUGUUCGACCCCGUCGCGUGGCGCUGGGACUUCUGCGCGCCGAUGAGCGAGGCGCGCAUCUCGCCGGCUGCAGAGGUGCUGGACGGCCGUUACAUCGUGGUUACGGGAGGGCAGGGCCGACACGCGUUCCUGCGAUCCGCCGAGAUUUUCGACGUGUACACCGGUGAAUGGCGGAGCAUCAGCGCGAUGCACGCCGUGAGAUGCGGGCACCGCGCCGUGGUGCUCGGGGGGCAGCUGACGGUGAUCGCUGGGGAGGUGCAGCGGCACGACAGCUCGACUGCUGACGUCAUGGGCUUACGUCAUGACGGAGACGGACACGCGCGCGAGAGCACGGCGUCAAUCGAGGUGUACGACCGGCAGAGCGACCGGUGGGACCUGGUGCCCAACGCUUGGAUCGACGACGGCAAGAUCCCGGGCCCCAUGGCCGUGCUCAACGGCGACCUCUACGCCGUCCACCAGUCGCGCCUCGUCGUGCGCGACGCCGCCACGGGCGAGUGGCGCAAGUGCGGGCCUAUCCCCUCGCUCCACGUCAGCAGCACGGGCGUGGGCAGCUUCGGGCGACAAAACAGCGCGACGCGCGGCGUGGGCAUGGUUGCUUUCCAGGGGAAGCUGUUCUUGCUGGGCGGCGCGCGCGACGCGUGGGGCCAUGGCGGGAGGGUGGGUUUGGAGGAGGUGUUUUGCUGGGACCCCGAGGAGGAGGGAAGGCGCGGGCGGGAGGAGGAGGCGCGCAGGCCCAAGGGCCUUGCCGCGCCCAUGUUCAUGCGCCCCAGCGAACGGCUGCUCAACUGGCACGCCGUUGGGGGCAUGGGUGGCGGCAAGGGAGCUAUUCUCGGGUGCGCCGUGCUGAGAGUGUAA